GAGCUUACAUUUCUGUCAUGGAAACCAACAGCAGCUCCCCAAGCCCCGAUGCCUCCAUCAGACUGGGGCAGCGCAGCCGCCAGCCCCGCACGCUGCCAGGCGCUGGGGGCCCGGCUGGGGCAGCUGCCCCCGGCCACCCCCGGGGAGGUGCUGAGCCCCCUGGAUGGGCACUGCCAGGGGCAGGAGGGAGAGGCGAGAGUUCGUUCCUAUCUGCUGAUGCCAACGUGCAGCUUUGUUGUGAUUUUGGUCUUGUUUUGCUGACGGAGUUGUUAGAAUGGUAUGCAGUCACCUUUCGAGAUCCCAUGAUGAUGCAGCCCCCAGAGUGGUUUAAGGCAUUUAUGUAUUGUGAAGCCUUCCUACAAAUGCCUUUCUUUCCCAUUGCAGCGUACGCCUUCAUAAAAGGUGGUUGCAAAUGGAUAAGGACUCCUGCAAUUAUAUACUCCACACAUGUAGCUACAUCUUUGGUUGCCAUCCUUGCUCACAUCCUUUUUCAUGAUUUCUCAAAGUCUGAGCAUUUGGGUCCUCGGACACAACAGGAACGCCUAAUUCUGCUAUCUAUAUACAUCCCUUACUUGCUGAUACCACUUCUGAUUCUUUUCACCAUGCUGUACAGCCCCCAGUACAACCAAGUGGAGAAAAGGAAGAGGAAGUAGUCUGCUGUAAAAGUUGGAUGCACAACAUUCAUACUUGUUUUGAUUCAGCCCCUAGUCCUCUGGGACGAACACCUGUCUCGUGUUGUCAGUGCAACGCCUCUCACCAGAGCAUCAGGCUCCCGCAAGAAAAGUUCGAAUUGGCUUGAGUUUACAGCUCUCCUUUAAUCAGGAGCAGCUUUGGCAGAAGCCUGAAGUGGCAGCUCCGUGUGGUGCCUGGGCUGUGCGUAGCUUAAGGGACCCAGCAGCUCUGCUCCCAGUAUCGAUUUUGUGUGGUACUUUUGUAUUGGGAAAACGAACUUUUAACCAUUUGAUGUGUAACCAUGUGAUGGGGACGUGUGGGGGGUGGAAACUGCAGCUGACACUUUUCUUUCAACUUGCCUUUUUCCAAGAGGACUUCAGUAAGAAAUCUGUCUUCUAAGAACAUAUCCUACAAAAUCCGUAACUGAUUACAUACAAAUUUGCAAAGCUAUAAUCUUUUUCUCUGCAACUUUUGAAGCAUUUCAAAUCAUGUAACAAUCCUUACCUUUCUCAUCCCUUCAUUUAAAAUUUCACCUUCUCUUCCUCCGCUGUAAUUUUGAUUAAUUGCAAACGUCUGGCCAGCGAUAAUGUGCCAAAAUCUGGAUUUCUGAAUUAAAAUUAAUUUUGUUUGACAAUGAGGAUUUUCUUCCUAGAGGAUUUUCAAGUACUUCAGUAAUUGUAAACAAGGAUUUGUAAACUUU